UGAGUGACCACAAAUAGUAAUUCGUCGCUUCGUCUCGUCAGUCUUCAAAGCAAAAUUUACUUUUGCUCUUAAGUUAGUUAAGUUCGAGUAGCAGUCUUGAUCAGUAGUCUUACACUUUUCAUCUCGAACGGGUAACAAAAAUUCAUCGCUGACUGAUCGAUCGGGUUUUUAGCAAAUAUUUCCAUUAUAAUAGUUACACAGUAACCUAUUCCAAAACAAAAAACGGAAAAAAAACUAGUUCUGACAACAUAAUAUCAAAUAAAAAAUCGUGGUUUAUCGGUUUUUCGCUUUGAUUUUUGACUUCAUUUUUUUGUUCGGAAAUAAAAAAAACGGAGUUGAUUUUCUCAAUCAAAUUUUUCUGGAAUUCAAAAUAUAUGUACCUGCCUAUUGAAACCCAUCAUUGACUCGAUUCAAGAAACUUUUGAUACUUCAAACAACUUAAAUUGAAUUAGCGGCAUCGUCAUAAGGGUUUCAUCCUUUCAUCAUUUUUGAAGUGACGACAACGAGCGACAGUGUAUCGCAUAAAAUUUAGCGGGGACUCCAAAGUUUUCCCCACAAACACACAAACACACUCACUCGCUUGACGCAAAACCACAAACAAAUAAAUCUAAUCAUGGAUGCUGAAUCAGAGGGUGUUCCGCCAAUUGAGCCAGCCGCACCCCAAAUGGAUUUAGCCGCACGUCGCCGCCUUUUUAUGUCACAACCAUCGACUUUGGCCACCAGGAAACAGCAAGCUGUAUGUGUGCGCCGGGCUCACAAAAUGUACGGGACAGUCAAAAAUCCCAACAUUGUGCUUGAUGGCCUGAAUAUGACAGUACCAAAAGGAUCAAUCUAUGGACUCCUUGGUGCAUCGGGUUGUGGCAAAACCACUUUACUCUCAUGCAUUGUCGGCAGAAGAAGACUGAAUUCUGGAGAAAUAUGGGUUCUCGGCGGACGACCAGGAUCACGUGGCUCCGGAGUACCCGGUCCAAGAAUUGGAUACAUGCCUCAGGAAGUUGCAUUGUAUGGAGAAUUCAAUAUGCGAGAAACUAUGCGUUACUUUGGUCUCAUAGCUGGUAUGGCUAGUGGCGAUAUCGAGGACCGAACAGAGUUUCUAUUAAAACUUUUGAAUCUACCAAAUGCUUCGAGAUUUGUUAAGAAUUUAAGUGGCGGACAACAGAGACGUGUGAGUUUGGCAGCUGCUUUGCUUCAAGAGCCAGAACUUUUGAUAUUAGAUGAGCCAACUGUUGGAGUCGACCCUGUUCUACGACAAAGCAUCUGGGAUCAUUUGGUGGAUAUUACCCAAAAUGGCAACACAACGGUCAUAAUUACAACACAUUACAUCGACGAGUGUGCCCAGGCACAAGUGAUUGGCUUACUUCGUGGUGGAAAAAUGCUCGCUGAGGAAUCUCCAGUAUUUCUACGAGAAAAAUACAAUGCUGAUUCGUUGGAAGCUGUCUUUCUGAAAUUAUCCGUUUUGCAGAAUGCGGGCAAACGAAGGAGGUCUUCUAUAGCACAAGAGAUUAUCGAACAAGUUGAUGUGCCAGCGAUAUCUAAUCCGGCGCUAGAUUUGUCAGAUGAAGCAAAUCCAGAGAUUUCUGGGGAGUUUGGCGAUAACAUUUCAAUGUCGUCGCACGGCAGAGAUCCGAUUACAGCAUCAGCAGCACCAGCUCCGCCAUUGCCGCCAGAAGAUGAAACCCCAACAUCGUGGACAUACAAUUUCAAUGUGAUGAGCAUAAAUCAUUUACACGCUUUGAUUUGGAAGAACUUCUUAUGGAUGAUGAGAAAUGUUGGAGUUAUGCUUUUUAUUGUUGGAUUACCCGUUGUACAAAUUGUAUUGUAUUGUUAUGCUAUCGGUCACGAUCCAACAGGACUCAAGAUUGCUGUUUCAAAUCAUGAAAUGGAUGAGAAUAUGAUUACGUACCAGUAUUGUCCUGUGCGUCCGGGAUGUAAUCAAACUAUGCUGAGUUGCAGAUACUUGGACAUGUUGCGGGUAAACAAGAGUGUUGUUGUGAAAUUCCUGAAAUCCGACGAAGAUGCAUUCAGAGAAGUCAGCUUAGGCAAAGCAUGGGGAGCAUUAGUAUUCCCAAGCAAUUACUCAGAUUCACUAGUGGAACGGACAGAAAGUGGUAGGUUUUCAGACGAUGCCACCCUGGAAACGGCUGAAGUCAGUGUUCGCCUUGACAUGUCAAAUCAACAAAUCAGCACAUUAUUGUACCGCGACCUACAGUACACGUUCUUUGACUUCGUAGCGGCCAUCCUCGAUGACUGUGAUGUUAAUUCAAAGCUCGGACGUGUGCCUCUGGAUUGGCAGGAACCCAUCUACGGCGAUCGUAAUCCCAAUUUCACUGACUUUGCUGCACCCGGAGUCAUCCUAACAAUUAUCUUCUUCCUGUCGGUUGCCAUCACAUCCGGUGCCAUGUUAAUCGAGCGCAAUGAAGGAAUGCUGGAACGUUGCCUGGUAGCCGGCAUAACUGGUGCGGAAAUUCUCUUCUCCCAAGUGCUUACCCAAUUUACCGUUAUGUUAAGCCAGACGAUUUUCGUGCUGCUCUUCAGCUUUUACUUCUUCGAGGUGACGCUGCGUGGGGAUAUCUGGCUGGUGCUGUUUCUUUGUGUCCUCAACGGACUGUGCGGAAUGUCGUUCGGAUUUGUGAUAGCAUGCGCUGUUGACACAGAGCGUACUGCCACGUAUGUGGCAAUGGGUAGCUUCCUACCAAUUGUUAUGCUGUGCGGUAUUAUUUGGCCAAUUGAGGGCAUGUAUCCGUUGUUGAAAAUUGUCGCAUUCUUUUUGCCAUUAACUAAGCCAACAGAAUCCCUACGCUCGAUACUGCAACGCGGCUGGGGCAUUAAUAAUCCAGUCGUUUAUAAUGGUUUCAUUAUGAUAUCAACUUGGGUUUUGGUAUUUUUGAUAUUAACUAUUUUAUUGUUGAAAUUUAAGAAGGGUUAAAAAAAAACACACACACACGCAUAACGCAAACAAACAAAAGGACCUUAUAUUGAUUAAAAAUAUACGAAGAGGAUAAUAUUAAUAAAAAUUCAAGAGUGUGUGAUUGCCAAAAGUAACAUUCAUAUGUUUAUGAAAAUAUGAUUUAUAGGAAAUAGAAGUUUUAAAAUUUAGGUUAGGGUCUCUAUUGAUGGAUUCUUGUUUUUUAAAUUAUAAUUUUAUUUGUAAUAUUAAGGAUAAAUUGAUAUAAAAGAGAAUACUUUUAUGUACUUGAUGAUGAAGAAUUUUUGUUUAUUUGUUAAGAAGUAUGUUAAGUGGAUGACUUGAUUGUUUUAUUGUUUAAGAAAUAAAUAAAGAAUAUUUUUAUUUCAUUUUAAAUGAUAGAAAUUGUAUCCAAAGUCAAAUAAAAACAAAAUUUUAAAUA